CGCACAUUCAGGUACCUGCAAAUUCUGACUUUAAAUUCCCACUGGGCCCCGUUCAACCAGCUUGCCAGCCUGUUUUUUGUAAUCGUGCGCAGUUGUCGCUUUCAGACUUACACCUUUGGUGUUUGAGGCAUGGAACUUCCGGAAGGAAGUCAGGGCUUUGAAGGUUCAUGGCCAGACUGCUUUACAUGCUGCCUCGGUUCCUAGACUUUUCGGUGUUUAUCGAGGCGUGUGGCAAACCGCAAUCAAUUUCACAUGGACGUAACUGCCUGUUUGAUUGAAACCGGUGAACAAAAAUUUUCGCGGCCACUUGCCAGGCCUGUUUCUCAGGUGUAGGUCGUCGAGCACUAGUUGGGUAUAAUUGCAGUAGCUUGAUCGCAAAGUGUUAUUGCGUUCUUGGAAAUACCUGGAGUUGUGCUCGUCCGUAUGUGUGUGUGCGUGAGCGCUAAGUAGAAAACACACCCUGCUCACAUGGCGCAGCAAGCUGGGUGGGUAUGCUUCCUCAUAUUCACACAGCCUUUUGGAGCGAAGAAAGGAGGGUGUCCGCAGCCAGGUGGGCCCCAUAUCCCGGCUUGCAAACCCGCAACUCGCCAGUGUUGAGGGUGGUUGUAGUAAAAAUAUGUAAAAAACACGUUUACAAUUUACUCAACAAUUGUUUUUUGAUUUGGCGCAGUUGCUGUAGCCCGCUUUGCCCGUUUUCAGGUUGAUUUCAGUUCUGUUGAUUCAGUAGACAUGGUUGUUGACGCGAAUGUGUGUUCUUCAGUUCCGCAUUCUCGUUAUGUUUGUUGCGCGAUUGAGUUUUUGUGUUUGUGGUGUAGUGAUUUAUUCAGCAGUAUGCAUUAAAAUCUAGGAAAGGGCGGUUGGGCAAAAGUAUGCCGGCUUUCAUGUUGGAACCUUCACAGCUAGCAGUGAUCACACAGCUUUGGGAUAUGCUCGCUGCAUCGCCGUUCGUCAUUCAAACAUGCACCCUUGCAGCUGGUUAGCCAGUGCCCCUUCCCAUGGAUCGCCCAGUCGAACCUGAAGUCACAAAAACAGAGGAUGACGAGGAGGAACCGGAAGAGGUUCAAUUCAAGCGGGAAAUGCUCAAGUCAGCCCAAAGAGUUGAUGGCUUUGCGAAGGUGCACUUCCGAUCCAUGAUCGGCAUCAAAUUUUUGGGGCUGAUUGGGCUGGCAUCAUUGCUGGCUGUGGAAUGGAUUUCUGAGGUUCGAUCAAAUGAAUCGCAGCGGGUCCUGGAGCUUUCGGGACUGGGCAAGGAGUUGGGCAGCCGGGGUGCAUUGUGACAAUCAUUGGUGCGAGGGUACUGUUUCUCACACAAAGUUCGGUUGUGUGCUUUCGGCGGCAAAUGAUAUCGUGCCACAUGGAAAAGACAACUGUAGUUUUGAUGGACACCACAUGUCAGUGCAGGAUGUUCAGCUGUUCGACAUGGUGUUGACGUCUUCCGCCCGCCUUCUUGUGCUCACGGGUGAUGUGAACUAUCGAGAUAGCUACUUCAUGAAGAUUGAGCCGCUUGAGGAGGCUUUGCGUGGCAUUGAGCUGAAUGCACCUGAAAUUUCUGCCAAGUUCAAUGAUUUGACAGUCGUUGCCAAUGAUAAGCUCAUUGAGAUCGAGGUUGCAGCGUUGGACACCAUUGGAUCCAAUCAGUCGGCAGCAAUUGCAAUGUUAUUUAGUGACGAGUACCAGCACAACAAGGAGCUGCUGCUGAAUGGGGUUGCUAUUCUAGACAGCUUGAUCCAGGAGUCCCGUGAGAGCCACGAUGCCACUCAAGCUUGGUGGGGCUGGGUGAGCACCUCUGUGGUGCUGGCGGCGUUUGUUUCAGAGGUCAUGCUGCUUGUCGUUGUCCACCGUCUUGAUCGUCGACUCGAACUGCUAGCUUUGGAGAGCGACGUGCACCAAAACAGGUAUGAACUUCUCAUGCGAAAAGAGUUAAUGAACACAGCCGUCGCCACCUUCAAGCUCCUGCAGAUCAGUCGCACACGUGCAAGCUUGGAAAGGCAAUUGUCUGUUCCCAACAUCAAGGAGGACAAGACUCCCCGAUUAAUCAUGCGCCGAAGGCUUUUCGUCUUAUCCAUGAUGGCGGAAGGUUUAGCUCUCUCAGGCUUUGCCAUUCCUGCAACGUUGACUCUAAUUGCAUUAAACAAUGCAGCAGCAGCCGAGCCCAUUGAGCAGUUGCUCCUUUAUGCGAAGAGCACUGAAUAUUAUGACAUGGCGCUGACUACUAGUGCUCAGCUGUGUGUCCUUACUGGUGACACCUCGUGGUCUGAGCUCUACGACGGCUAUGUGGCGCCCAUGGAUGGAGCCUUGCUGGGCCUGGCCGAGGUGGCGCCCGGGAUCUCAGACAGCUUCGCAGCGAGCACCUCCGCGGCGAACUCCGUGCUGAUCGACAUGGAGACGGUGGCUUUGGGCCAUUGUGGGCAGAACAACGAGCAGGGGAAGAGCAUUUUAUUUGGAAGCGCGUAUUCUGGGAAUAAGACAAUCCUCCUUGAUGGCAUAAAGGAUGUCACUCAAGCUGCAGAGCAGGCGCUGAAAGACCACGAGGAUCAUAAAGAGAAUCAUUCCAGCAUGGCCCGUGUGUUAUUGAUUAUCAGCACCUUUCUGAUUGUUUCAGCUGAUCUGUGCACCGUGGUGAUCGCAGCCUGGAUGGAAGCUUUGUCAGUCACACACCACAAGGACAUGAAGGACUCCGAAGAUGAGUCAAAGUUCAUGAAAAAAUUGCUAUCGAUGAUCCAGUCGGCGUUGGCUGCAAAUGCAGAGGCCGGUGACAAUCAGAAGAUGGAGAGCUCACAGGCCAACCAGCGAGAGGCACCAGAGCUUGAUGAGGAUGACGAGCUGGAUUUUGUCAAGAUUGCUAUGUCUAUUUAAGUGUCACUCACUACGAGUUUGGACACGGGCUCUCGUCUGCACAGAAUCCACAAAUGCUGGUGGUGUGCUUGUAGCGCCGCUUUGCGGCAUAUGUUUUGACGGACUACUGGGAGGAGCCAGUUGGCAAAGCCAACGGGCUACCGACCAGGCAGAUCUGCCACUUUUACACAUGUUUGUCGUGUCCAGUUACCAGCUCCGGCAGUCGUAGGAGCCACUGGAGCGUAGCACCAAAGGCAAGGUGCUGCAUGCAAGGUACAAACAUGUACCAACCCCUCCAGAGCAUAUUCAGCUGCAACAAGUCCAAGACUUGUGAUGGUGCAAACCGACUGGGGAACAACGUGAAUGAAAUAGACUA